AUUCCAAAAUAUGCAAAGUUUGUUACAUUUUGUGGUGCAAUAUUAGUUGUCAAAAUUUGUCUAUAUUUUCAGAGAAAUUUUUUAGCUUUAAUAGAAUAUAGUUUAGCUUUAAUAGAAUAUAGUUUAGCUUGUCGAAUAAGGCUUCGUUUUGCAUCGAAGUAUGGCCGAAUCUAUGGGGAAUUUCGCGAGCGAACAGGCGGACGAAAUUUUAGCUUUGUCGUCAAUUUUUGGAGAUGAUUUUUGCCAAAACGAAUAUGCCGGAUGUCGGACAAUCUACCAAAUCAAAGUCAAGGUUAAUUUAGUCGGCAAAAAGUUGCAAAUCAAUGCUUGGAUGCCAUCAGAAGAACACGAUGAGCAAAGUAAUGAAGUGGAUGAACCGAUUUCGCCUGUGAAAAAAAUAACCUUUCAACGUAGUGAAUCAAAGCGGCAUGCAUGUCUGACAUUGUCAGUGUCGCACCUAACCCCGCUCACCCUAGAGUUUUCGUUCCCACCCGAUUACCCCGCAGAGUCGAAACCGACGUUUACCAUAUCUUGCAUGUGGCUCGAUGCGUACCAACUGACGCGGCUUUGCAAAAAACUGGAUGAACUUUGGGAUACGAAUUUCCGAGGAGAGUCUGUCAUUUUCCCCUGGGUAGAUUGGCUGCAAAACUCAUCUCUGGUAUACCUCGGAGCCGACGAUAUACUGUCACUAAAACCGUACGAUUCCGAUCUCGGCGUGCCACGUGAUCCAAGGGGGUUGCCCGAAUUCCUGGAUCCAAAAGCCUGUGCUCUGAAAAUCUUGGAAUACGACUUUAAAAUGGUUCAGGAGGAAUUCCGAAAGGAGAGCCACACUUGCGAAAUUUGUUUCGAAGAACGAGACGGGAUUUUCUUUCAUUUUAUAGACGAAUGCGGACAUAAGUUCUGUGUCGAAUGCUUGCUCGAUUAUUGCCAAUUAAAUGUUAACGAAGGUACGGUGAAGAGGCUGAAGUGCCCGGAACCCAAGUGCCCGGCAACACUAUCGCCGAUAAUCCUCCGAGAGUUGCUAAGCGAUGAAGAUUUUGAGCGAUGGGAACAGCUUUUGUUCCAGCAAACGUUGGACGGAAUGGCGGACAUCCUAUACUGCCCGAGGUGUAACACUGUGGUCGUACAAGAUGAGGACGAGAUGUCUCGGUUAGCCCAAUGUGGCGGUUGUUUCUUCACGUUUUGCACCGACUGCCUAAUGAGUUGGCAUUCAACACAGAAUUGCGGAGGUGAUGAAGUUGACUCGGAACCCGUUCAGUCCAAAAAAUUGAAGCGAAGAAAACCAAAAAAGAAAGCCGGUAGUGAUUCCGAUGAUCCGCCCAAAGAAGAGGAAUCACCACCCCCGGUGAGAAAGAAGGAAAAAAGCGAGGCAAAGAAAACCUACGAGUUUGUCAUGUUGCAGAAAAGGAUUGGCAACUAUCAAAGAUGUCCAAAGUGCAGGGUUAUGGUCGAGCGAUCGUCAGGCUGUGACAUGAUGCAUUGUUCACGUUGCGGACAGUCGUUCUGUUUUCGAUGUGGUACGUAUUGAAAUACCAUUGAAAUUAUGUCACUAGAUUUAUUUUUAGGCUUAGCUUUAUAACUACAAUUGGAAGGAUUGAGGCUGUAAUGUAAUUGUCAGAGCAAUUACAAGUGGGUUUGAUGCUCGCUUAGUGAAAAGAGUCAGUCAACACUCUGCCGAAAGUUGGUGCUCCAGUUUCUUUCCACAACAUGGUUAACCCAUUGAGCGCAAUGCGCCCAGUGCAUGCUUUUUUUACUUGUCUAACACCAGACGAUUUUACUUGUCAAUGGGGAAGCUCUGCAGCUUAAUGGUUUAACCAAAAAGUCUGACAAUGUCUCUAAUUAACGCAUUAAGCCGCAAUGCACCCCAGUAUGUUUUUUACUUGUCUAAUGCCAGGCGAUUUUACUUGUCAAUGGGAAUGCUCUGCAGCUUAAUGGGUUAAGAAAGUAAUAUCACAAUUGUAGUAAAGAUAAAAUAGUCUAGGCUAAGUUUUGUAAUUAGGUAAGCGUAAUACUUGGUGUGAAGUGCAUUUGAUCAUAUAUCCACAUAUAAAUUAAUAUUGUGCUACAGAAAUGUUAAUGAUUGUAAAAUUCACAUAUUGUUUUACAGGGCAAAAGAUCCGUGGAUAUGAGCAUUUUGAAACAUGUGGCAGUGCCCAAAAUGCUAAUCAAGUUGCGGACAGAGGCCGGGCCAUGCUUGAAGGCCGACCUGUAGCGGCCGAGGCUAUCAGGAUUAACGAACUUAUGGAACAAACCGUCCAUGGUGAGCAAUUAAAACUCCGAGCGUGUCCGCGCUGCCGACAGAGGAAUCUGAAAGAGGCAAGGAAUAAUCACAUGAAGUGCUGGUGUUGCAAGGCUGAUUUCUGCUACACAUGUGUUAAAUUGAUGGGGAACCCCAUCUUUGCACAUUUUAAGGGUUCGGGCGCAUGUCAACAGCAUUCAGACGAUUGACCAAAUAAUAUAUUUCUGUCAACAGUUAUCUUUGUAAACAGUUAACAAUUCCUUUGUAAAUAGUUUAGAUAGGUAUACUCUAUGUUAUAUAUUUAAUCUUUGUUUGUAACUUAUUCAUGGAAGGCAUCAUAAAUAAAGCUUUAAUAAUAAUUAAUAAUAAUAAUUACUAGUAUGUAUCAAUAAUUGGUGGUAGACACUUCAGGGG